AAAUUGGUUCUUCCGCUGCCGGUAGAGUGAACGUGAGCUGCCGAGAAGAAGAAGAAGAAGAGAAAAAGCAGAAGUGGUUAUAACGUCGCAACAAUCACAGAUAUACCGUUUUAGGACACUGAGUGACAACCGAGAAAAAUAUUAAUAUCACCGUGUCCGAGAUCUGUGAAAGCCAAUCUACUCCAGCAGGUGACCGACAAUGGCUGUGAACGUGUACUCAACCUCAGUGACCAGUGACAACUUAAGUCGUCAUGACAUGUUGGUCUGGAUCAAUGACUCGCUACAGAUGAACCUCACCAAGAUAGAAAUGUUGUGUACAGGUGGUGCCUACUGCCAGUUCAUGGACAUGCUGUUUCCCAACUCCGUGCCUCUGAAGAAAGUUAAAUUUACUGCCAAGCUGGAGCACGAAUACAUUCAUAACUUCAAGCUUCUGCAAGUUUCCUUCAAAAAGAUAGGAGCCGACAAAAUCAUUCCAGUAGACAAACUGGUGAAGGGGAAGUUCCAGGACAACUUUGAGUUUGUCCAGUGGUUUAAGAAGUUCUUUGAUGCCAACUACGAUGGGAAGGAGUAUGACCCACUGGAGGCGAGGCAGGGCCAGGAUGCCAUGCCCAUACCCAACACCGGCAUGUCGGCUCUCGCCAAAAACCCUAAAAAGGCCUUCGGUCAAGCUCCUCAGAGGCCACCCGUUGCCAAGGUAGCGCCCAAGUUGGCUCACGUCAGUGCGAGGAAGCAGGGAAUGGGAGGUGGUGACGAGGAGAGGGCGGAGCUCAUGAAUGAGGUGGAGCUCCUGAAAUCUACCAUUCAGGACAUGGAGAAGGAGAGAGACUUUUAUUUUGGUAAGCUGCGGAACAUUGAGCUGAUUUGCCAGGAGAAAGAAGGAGAGGGCGACCCCACACUGCAGAGGAUCAUCGACAUCCUCUACGCCACAGACUGUCUCCAGGAGGGUUUUGUGAUACCGGAUGCUGAGGAGCAGGAGGAGUUUUAAUUUUCAAGACUGCAAGCAACUUUUCACUUAGAUGCCCUGGUCUACAAACCCACCUCGAGAUCCUUCCUCAAGCCAAGACAGCCAGUUUGGUUUUAUGUCCAACAUCAAACCUGAUCUCGACUUGCCCCCCCCCCCCCCCCCCCCCCCCCCCCCCCCCCCCGAACCCCAACCUGCCGGACUUCUUCCUUCUAGCCUUCAGUCGCCGUACAGCUCAGCUCCUUCUUACCUGAAACAUCUUUCUCCAAUAAUCUACAGAGCCUCGGUCACUGCCUCUCCUCCCUACACACCCGUCAGUCUGCAAGAGUCCCAGGACCCCCUCCCUCCCCUGUAACCCCACCCUCCCCAAAACCAGAUUUUGCAGUACAUAUCUGGUUUUUGUAAUGGACUUGAGUGUGAAAAACACGGUGAUGUUCUCUGUGUGUGUGUGUGUGUGUGUGAGAGUGUGUGUGUAUAAGUGUGUGUGUGGGUGGUUGUAUGUGUUUUAAUAAUCAAUUUGAAACAAAUCAAACAUAAAGAACCUCCUCUGAAGACCCGGUUGUCACUUCACCAAUCACUUUGUCCCAAACUAACCCAGAUUGUUUGUGAUGGCACGGCAGCCAUGUUGUGCCUCCUGUUGACAAUAAAUGAUAUUAAAUUGGAAGAAGACGCGUGCGCAGAAGUAAGGAAUAUGUAUAAUGAAAAUACACACGACUAGAACAACCGGUCCCGAUGGUGCGUGAGGUGUGUUUUUGAAAUGGUAAAACAUUAACAUGGAUCCAGAAGGCUUCUCAAACUCCUAACGUUCCCGUUUUAUGUGGCCGAUAUGUUUCUAAGCAAAAUAAAAUGAACAAAAACAACUUGUGACGCCGAAGGGCUCCGGUUUAGUCUGGGACAAGGCACCAGGCGGGUCUUCUUUUGGCCUUUUUUUUCCACCAAGGACAUCUUCCUGAUGUUGUCCCGUCGAGCUUCAGAAAAGCGUUUGUAAAUGUUUGCUACUGUUUUAUCACGUUUCCCCCCCCCCCCCUCACUCAUUUUAUUUUCUUUUGUCUUGUUUUCAAACUUUAUUUCCGGGCACCUGUCCGUCAUGCUCUCGACUAUAUACAUUUGUUUUCUAUUUAGGUUGAGUUCUUUGCACAUUCACUAAAGAUCACUCUGUUCCCACUCGGCCUGUGUUCACACCGGCUUUCUCUUCCAGUCGGUCAACACGCCAAUGUUAGUAAAACGUGCCCCAACAAAAGAGAAGAAGACUGUCCACCGUGUUUUUGUCUUUUUUGAAGAGACUGUUUUAAGGCACAUGCACUGUUUUAUACCAGAGGCCCCCCCUCGGGCCUCAGCCAGUAGAAAUGACACAUUACAAACCCUCUGACUGAUCAGUGUGUCCACUACAUGUAGCCGACCCGUCUCUGCCCGGCUGAGCUGUGAAAGUGGAUUGUGCUUCGUCGGGCGACUCGAUGAAUCGUCUGCUCGGUUUACUAAUGUUGGAUUUUAGUUUAUCCCAAAAAAACAAAAGAUGUGGGAUCGAUGAGCUCUGAAGGCAUGUUCCUUUCUGGGAAUGCAAGACAGGUGUCGUUUCCUACUUUCUCUUUCCUGUUUCCACUCCCUGACUCAUUUUAUUAUUAAUAUUGUAUAUUGUGGAUCUGAAUUGAGACCAGUUAUUUUCCACUGUACUCUGUAAAAGUGUCAUUUUCUGACAGUUGUACCUAAUCUGAAACACAAUGUGGGUUCCACAGCAAACUGUAAACAGCAACUUGUUAUUACAUAACGUUAUCAAUGGCCUUAUUCAUAGCAUUUUCUUUCGUAAGAAAACAUUUUUCAUAACUUUUUUUAUUUGACUUUAAUGUAAGUCUGGUGUUUUGGGCAAAUGUUUGUACUGUUAGUCAUAUUUUUGAUGUGUCCUGAAAAUAAACAACAUUGGAGGUAUUGUGGACAGAAGCUGGGAUGUGUCAGGGUGCAGCGGGCCGCCUGUCUUCCAUCUGAUGCUCGUAAAGCAACAUGUGCAUCUUCAUUGUGUUUCGCUUCGGCUCAAUUUAAUUCAAGCUUUUCUGGUAAAUUAUUUGUUUGUCUUUCCAAGUGUUGAGCUGAAAAACGCAAACGCGGUGAUAAAGUUCAUCGCAGCUGCAGACUUUCAGAAGAGAUUCUGCAGAAUGAAAUUAAAGAUCAGAAGCUGAGUGGAGCGACGAUCAGCUGAUCUCCAGUGCAGAUGUGUUGUGAUGUGUUUUAGCUUCAUGCUUUUAUCUUCACUAACAUGAGGGUUGGUUGUUGGUGCCUGGGCGUUAGGUGUUUGUAUUUUCUGUUGCCUUCAGUAAGACGUAUCUUAAAAAUAAAAAAAGAAUCUCUUUUUAGAAAUGUCAAAAUCCUUUUUCCUACUUUCUAGUGAAUGAGCUUUAAGUUCUGACUUUCUGCUUUAAUUUGAGAGUUUUUGUAUCCGUGUUGCGUGAACGCUGUCGGGACAAAGCAGCAGGAGAAUGAUCACACGAGUCGACCAGUAGGUUUUUAAACGUUGUCUAUCGAGUCGUAUGGUUCACCUUCUGACAGCCUGAUGCACUUUCAGUUAUCAGAGUGUGUGCUGAUGUCUGGGGGACUUCAGAGGGUCCAAGACAAACUUCUCUGACGGGCACUGAACAAAAUAGAAACGUCUCUUGACACAGAUGUAACAUCAAAUUAAAAAGCGAGUCACGACUUUGAUGCAAAAGUAUUUCUUUAAAAAUUCAAAUCCAAUGUGCUGAAGUACGAAGGAGACGCAACAAACUGCUACUGAUGUGCCGGGUUUCCCAAAAUGCUCUUCACUGUCGGCAUCUUUGGCCCCCAUAAAGUUUGUACUGUACUCCAACCUAAAACCUGCGGUGGUGUGCAGACUUGUGUCAGCUGAGACCCCAACGUUCCUAAAACUAAAGAUAUUUGUUUAUAGUUCAGUUGAGUUAAUGAUAUAAAACGUCACAUUUUCAGCAUUUGAUUUUUGCUAUUUUCUCAGACGAUGACGAACAAUGUCAAAUAUCAAUAUGUACACAACACAACCGACGCAAUCUCAUUUAAUAACGUGCUGUGACCAUGUGACCCGAGUCACCUGGUGCUCCAAUCAGCCUAAAGUAAAAAUAAAUUAUGUUUACAAAAUUCAGAUUUAAGCACUUUUUAAAUUCCAUAUCAACCAGUUCUUUUGAAGGAAACCGUGUUUGAUGUGUGUGUUGAUGCCAAGACCAAUCGUAGCACACCGAGGACACGCACACUGCGGGACGUAAAUGCUUCCUCUCUGCACGCCGUGAGCCUUCUCGAUGCAGAAACACUUGAACUCUUGAAGCUGCAGCUUUUGUUUCUCGAGCAGUGUGUUCGUGAGCCUUAGUGAAGAAGAGCUUUUUGUUAUGCAACAUUCAAGGGGAGCAGAUGUCCCUCUUUACAUAGUGGCCUCUACUGAACCCAGUGCCAGUGUGACCUCUGACUCCCUCACAGUCUGUAUAUAAGACUUCAACUACCUGUCAGGUAUUUGUAUUUGAUUUGUAACAUCAUGAGAUCUUUGACAGUCCAAGUUGUGUGUUGACUCCUGUCUGGUAGUAAGGAUGUGUUACUGAGGAGGACUGUGUGUGCGGUUUGGUAUCAUCAUUUGGUUCAAGAAGGUUUCUCUGGAUGUUUUCAGUCACACACACGCCUGAAGGAGUUCACGCUCAGAAGGUUUUAGGCCACUCUGCGGAUCCAUAACUUUUUUAAUCAACGUGCAUGUUGUUGGUCCCCAGUUUGGCUCAAGUCCUGCAGGUGUGUAUGUGUGUGUUUUUCUCAAGGCUUGUAAGGUAAUGGUGCUGCUUGUGUGACCUCUGACCUUUUCCAUCUCAAUCAGUAGCGAUGAGCGUGUACACUGUGUCUCUGUCUCAGUUUCUGCUGCACUUGAUGUGUUUGUUAUACUCUGGAAAACUCCAUUUACUUCAAUCAAGUUUGGUACAAACAAUAAAAACAGAAUUUCCACGUC